UGCGAGUAAAAUGAUUGAUGCAGACGCUUCUGGAUAAUGCCUAUAUAAGAUGUAAUAGUCGGUCACAAUGGCAUAAAUUGUCUUAAAAAUCUUAUUACUUCAUCAGCUUUAUAUGAGGCGGUUCAACACCACUUAACUGACUCGGCAGAUCUAAACAAUGGCUAUUAAAACUAUAAAACCCCGUAUACUGAUCGUCGGUGCCGGCCUCGGCGGACUUACACUAGCCCAGUGCUUGCGAAAGCAGGGCAUUCCAUUCGAGAUUUUCGAGCGAGACACAGAUGCAAACUCUCGAUUCUUGGGAUGGGCCAUUGGCGUACAUUCAGUCGUCAAUGACUUGGUUUCAUCAUUCCCCGACGAUUUACCGCCGAUGAAGGAGAGUAUAACUCACUUAGCCCCAUUGAAGCUUGAGGCGCAAAUUUCUUUUUACUCCGACGGAAAGCACGUUGGCGUAAAUUCUACUCCCGAGAAGCCGAUUAUAAGGGCCAACAGGCCUCGCUUCAGGAAUUGGCUCUCUACUCAUAUCCCAAUUCAAUGGGGGAAGAGACUUGCACGAGUGGAGCAAGUUCAAGACGAAAUCCGACUUCAUUUCGACGACGGUACUACCGCCAUCGGUGAUAUUCUCGUGGGCGCGGACGGAGUAAACAGCUUUGUACGCGAACACCUCCUUGGAGUCUCGAACAAAGAACUACUCCGUCCCGUUCCAAGCUGUUUUAUUGGCGGCGAAACAACUUUGUCGGGGGAAGCAUUCGAACGCCAGCUCUCUAUCUCACACAGCUGCUAUAUAGCGGUCGGUCCACACCCUAGCAAGUGUUUUGAGUUUGUAGGCUUGAACCGGGUAAGCCCGGACGGAAAGUCCGGGCAGUACUAUUGGUUCGUUACGGAAAACGAUCCAUCUAUUGCUGAUGAAGACCACUGGACCAAAUCUGCCUCACAAGCAGAGCUAUACGAUCACGUUACUAAGUUAACGAGCAAUUUUGACCCCAGGUUUUCUGAGGUCGUCAGGUUGACCCCUGUGAGCGGGGUCAGGCCUAAACCUUUAAUGAUUCGCGAUGCAGAGAUUGAACACUUGCCGGUUGGCAGAAUAACUCUGCUUGGCGAUGCGGCUCACCCAAUGAGCCAAUUCCGUGGUGAAGGCGGCGUACACGCCCUUCGUGACGCGAUAAACCUUUCGAAGGCCAUCGGGCAGCUAAAGUCGAACGAUACCAGCGAAAUCGAGUCUCUCUUAGGCCCCUAUCAGAAAGAAAUGCUGGAACGAGGCGUGCGCGCCGUCAAGGCUUCCAGAAACCAACGUAGCUUUGAUAACUUAUCUGAUGGUAAGAUAGUGGCGUGGGGACAGACUCCUGUUGAAAUUCCGGAUGAGACUAUUACCCUCGAGGCUUGCCUCCCUUGAUAGGUAAAAGGUGGAGAUGCCCUGGGAUAGGGCUGAUAGCGUUGAAUAUUCGGGACUCUCUCAAUUUUAUCGCCAAAAUACAUUUCAUAGAAUAUACGAAAAUGUCUUAUAGAAUCGUUUAUGCUCUGCCAA